AUGGGGCGGCGGCCCCGCCCCGGGGGCGGUUGCGCAGCGCACGCAGCGCGGCUCGUUUUCGGCUGAUGCGAGCGUUCAGGAGGUGGUGGGCCUUGCAUCGAGUCUGGGUGAGGGUAGGCCAUUCUCUGCGACGCAGGUGCCUGUGAUGUGCUUGCAACCCUCGGUACCCGCCGCAGGAAAAUUCCCACCGCUGGAAAUCGUGACACGUACUUGAUUGGUAGAUAGCAGCUUUGAGAGCCACCGUCGCCAAGGCCUUGCAGACUGAGCUAUUGCUUGGAUCUGAAGGCCGAUAAAGGUACUCAAGCAAAGUAAGUGCUUAUGGAAGACACGGAUCAUGAGAAGUUUUCGAUAACUUGUGAAAACAGCGUCAAGGGGAACACUGGUGCGGACAUCUUCAUAAAGUGUCUGUAUGCUUCUCCUUCUGUUGGUCUGUCUGGAGUACUUUCUAUCUGGGUGCAGUUGAGAGAGUUUUCCUGAAGAGAUGUGAGGUGAUGCGUGGCCAUCCUUGUGCUUUUGGUCUGACUUUUUGAUGAGACUUCAUUUGUGAGCUGUUUCCAUUUCUGGCAACAAGGGGCAAGAAAUCAUGUGUCGUUCCUUAAUUCAGCAGAUCUGUCAACAUCAGUCCUGGGAUGCUAUUUUGAAACACAUUUGGAUGCUCUGCUAACCAUGGAACUCCUGGGAAGCUCGACACAUCUGACCAAUGCGUGUUUUGAAUAUUCAAGACACUCAGCCGUGAUGAUUCCAUCGUCUGCAACCACUCCUGUCAGUGAUGCUGCAGUCUUGCCAAGCAUGGCUUCUCAGGAAAUAUGGAGAUCACAAGUUCCCGGCUAUCCUGGAUCAGUCACACGGCAUAUAAGUCAUCGGGCCAACAACUUCAAGAGGCAUCCGAAAAGGAGAAAACACAUUCGCCCUUCACCACCGCCACCACCAAAUACUCCGUGUCCUAUUGAUUUGAUUGACUUUGGGGGUCUCCAGCCUCAGAGGUCUUUCCUAGAACUUCUGUUUAACGGGUGCAUUCUCUUUGGGCUCGAGUUCAGCUAUGCCAUGGAAACAGCCUAUGUUACCCCCGUCCUGCUUCAGAUGGGUCUUCCAGACCAAAUGUACGGAAUGGUAUGGUUUAUCAGUCCUAUAUUAGGGUUCUUGCUACAGCCGUUGCUGGGAGCCUGGAGUGACAGAUGCACAUCAAGAUUCGGGAGGAGAAGACCUUUCAUUCUGGUCUUAGCAGUAGGAGCGUUGCUGGGGCUGUCGCUUAUGCUGAAUGGCAAAGAUAUAGGGAACGCUUUGUCUGACACCGCAAAUAACCACAAAUGGGGGAUCAUUCUGACCAUCUGUGGCGUUGUCCUCAUGGACUUCAGCGCAGAUUCAGCAGACAAUCCCAGUCAUGCCUACAUGAUGGACGUGUGUAGCCCGGUGGAUCAAGACAGAGGCCUCAACAUCCACGCUUUGUUAGCAGGUCUUGGAGGUGGCUUUGGUUAUGUUGUUGGAGGAAUACACUGGGAUAAAACCAGUUUUGGAAAAGCUGUGGGAGGGCAGCUUCGCGUCAUCUAUGUCUUCACCUCAGUUAUACUGACUAUCUGUACUGUGCUGACUCUAAUUAGCAUUCCAGAAAGACCCUUAAGGUCCUUUAGCAGGAAGAAAAAGGUGAUGAAGAGUCCAAGUCUUCCUCUCCCUCCUUCUCCACCUUUCUUCUUUGAGGAGGGUGUAAAUGAAAACUUUGCUUCUCAUAACUCAGCUCACUUAUAUGCAAGUUUUACGAGUCCAGUUUCCCCCCUCAGCCCACUCACGCCCAAAUACGGCAGUUUUGUCAGCAGAGACAAUUCCUUGACGGGAAUUAAUGAGUUUGCAUCAUCAUUUGGAACUUCAAAUAUUGACAGUGUGCUUAUAGACUGUUUUACAGGAGGGCAUAAUAGUUACUUAGCACUUCCAGCUAGCUUACCGAGGCAGCCUGUCAGCGUCAGCUUUCCUCGGGUGCCUGAUGGCUGCUACCAAGGAGAAAAUGGAGUUCCGGAGCAAGGGGAGAGCAGCAUAACACCGGGGCCUGAUGGUGAGACGCUGAGGGUGGGCUCGCUGGAUGCGAUAAAACCACGGUCGUUGGGGAUCCUGAAAAGACCUCAGACCCUGGCCAUUCCAGAUAUCGUAACGGGACACUGCCCAGAAAAUAGCAGAAGAAGAAACGUAACCUUCAGCCAACAGGAUCCAAAUACACCUGAGUGUGGGUACAGCUCCUAUUACACUCAAUGGAAUUUAUACCUUCCCUGUGGCAGCAUCUGGACGUGGUUGCCAAAUACACUAGAGAAGCGAAGAGUACUAUUUCAGGUCGCUAAUAUCUUGCUGAAUGGUGUUAAGUAUGAGAGCGAGUUAAAUGGAUCAGGGGAGACCUCUGAGCAACCACUCUCCGUGAAACUUCUUUGUUCGACCAUAUGCCAGAUGCCCAAGGCUCUUCGUAACCUCUGCAUCAACCACUUCCUAGGAUGGCUUUCAUUUGAGGGGAUGUUACUUUUCUAUACCGACUUCAUGGGAGAAGUGGUAUUUGAAGGGAAUCCGAAAGCGCCUCACAACUCAGAUGAGUAUCGGAAGUACAACGCUGGGGUCACCGUGGGCUGCUGGGGAAUGUGCAUCUAUGCGUUCAGUGCUGCUUUCUAUUCAGCUGUGCUGGAGAAACUGGAGGAGCGGUUCACCACACGGACGCUGUACUUUGUGGCAUAUUUGGCCUUUGGUCUGGGCACGGGGCUGGCCACGCUCUCCAGAAACAUCUACGUGGUGCUGUCGCUGUGCUCUACCUAUGGCAUCCUCUUCGCCACGCUCUGCACGCUGCCCUACUCCCUGCUUUGUGACUACUACCAGAGCCGCGAGUUCUUAGGCUCACAGGUGGAGGGCACCCGGCGUGGGAUGGGCGUUGACAUCUCCCUGCUGAGCUGCCAGUACUUCCUGGCACAGAUCCUCGUGGCCCUGGCCAUGGGGCCGCUCACAGCGGCUGUGGGCAGCGCCAGCGGCGCCAUGUAUUUUGCCAGCCUGGUGUCCUUCCUGGGUUGUCUCUUCUCCUCCCUCUGCGUCACCUAUGAGUCGCCGCCCGCCGAGGAGCUGCCACCCGCUGAGGAGCAGCGCCCUCUCUUGCCUCGUGCGCGGAAUGAAUGAAUGGGAGAAGCCGCCACAGCCUCCACUGCCUCAUUGUGUCACCCUCGGCCUCCCCGUCACGGUGCAGCUGGUUUGUACGCCUCUGGGACAGAAGCAGCAGUGGGCAUAGCAAACGGCAAGAAGGUCAGCGCUGGCUUCGCUGAGCUUUUCCCUGCCCGCUUGAGGUACAAGGGGCCAGUGGGCGGCGCUCAUCCUUCUCCUGAGGUGGCAAAGGCCAAUCUGCGUCCAUGGGCCAGAGCAAUGGUGGUGGCCACAGCGGUGACAGUUUGGAGCCAUUCCGACUGCCCGGAGGUGCCGUCGUUCCCGGAGGGACGAGUGGCAUUGUCCGUCGCGAGGCAAGGGAGCCAGAGGUCUGGUGCCUGAGCAGGGCGACCACGGUCUCUUGUGCAGUAGCGAGCUGCAGCUCUGUAUACACCGUUGUGGGCACCGCCUCUGCGGGUGCGCUGGGGCCAGGGCAUUCCAUCAGCUCUCUGGGCAGAGGGUCCCAUCUCGUGGCCUGGCAGAGCAGCCCGGUCCUUGGUCGCCAAGGGCAACCAUGCCUCCUGUGAGGCCUUGGGGAGCAAUGAGGUCAACCUGUGAGUCCUGGCCUCCAGUUGUGGUAGGCCUGACCGGAGGGUGCUUUUAAAAACUUUGGAAAAACUGAGAGCGACUGGUCUUGCUCGUAGCGUAAGUGCUACGUCUGGGCUCCUGGAUGCACAAAGCUGCCACCAGCAGAACCGCUCCAAGAAGCCGCUGUGGGGUGAAACUGCAGCGGCCUGGCUCCUAAACUCUGCUCUCUAGGUUCUGUGGAGUGCGGUGAUGACCGGCAACAGGUGCACAUUUCCUUUCACGUUAGACUUUUAACCAAGGCUACGAGGGCUUGUGAUGUCUUAGUGGGAGAACAGGCCUGUAACCCAGCUUUUGGGAGAAGGGUCUUUUUGCGUCGACUUCCCUUGGGUAGAUGCUUACUCUCAAAGUUAAGUUGGUAACUUAAAAAAAAAUCAUUUGUGUGAAAGCCCGCA